AUGGGAACGCAAUACUCCCUAAAAAAUGUUUUCGUGUUUGUGAUUGAAAGGUUUGGUGCAAAGGGUGAUAGAAGUAAAAGUAAGCAGUCUGUUGGGUUUUGUGCAGCACAUGACAUUAUCGUAUGUAGUUUGCGUUGAUCUCUGCUGCUCAGAAUAUUAAAAUUCAACAGAUAUAAGUUGUACUGU